GGCUGCGACGCACCUGCGCAGUGGCGGGGGCUCCGGCUGUGCGGUUCCCGCCAAUUCUUACAGCAGCCCUCCCGGGGUUGAGUUGUGCUCUCCAUGGAGGCGUUUGAUCCCGCCGAGCUGCCCGAGCUGCUUAAGCUUUAUUAUCGGAGGCUCUUUCCCUACGCCCAGUACUAUCGCUGGCUCAACUAUGGAGGAGUGGUAAAGAAUUACUUUCAACACCGUGAAUUUUCAUUCACAUUGAAAGAUGAUAUUUACAUUCGCUACCAAUCCUUCAACAACCAGAGUGAUCUGGAAAAGGAGAUGCAGAAAAUGAAUCCAUACAAGAUUGAUAUAGGCGCGGUAUAUUCCCACAGACCCAAUCAACACAAUACAGUGAAGCUAGGAGCUUUUCAGGCUCAGGAAAAAGAACUGGUGUUUGACAUUGACAUGACAGACUAUGAUGAUGUGAGGAGAUGUUGUAGUUCUGCAGACAUAUGUUCUAAGUGCUGGAUCCUCAUGACAAUGGCCGUACACAUCAUCGACCGAGCGCUGAAGGAGGAUUUUGGAUUUAAACAUCGUCUCUGGGUGUAUUCUGGAAGGAGAGGUGUUCAUUGCUGGGUCUGUGAUGAAUCAGUUAGAAAACUGUCCUCUGCAGUACGUUCUGGGAUAGUUGAGUAUUUGAGUCUUGUAAAGGGUGGUCAAGAUGUUAAAAAGAAAGUUCACCUAAGUGAAAAAAUUCACCCUUUUAUCAGAAAAUCUAUAAACAUAAUAAAAAAAUACUUUGAAGAAUAUGCCUUGGUUGGUCAAGAUAUUCUUGAGAAUAAAGAAAGCUGGGAUAAGAUUUUAGCUCUUGUUCCUGAAACAAUGCAUGAUGAACUUCAACAAAACUUCCAGAAGGAUCAUAAUUCACUUCAGCGUUGGGAGCAUUUGAAGAAAGCAGCCAGCAAAUAUCAGAAUAACAGCAAAAAUGACAAAUGUGGACCCUGGCUUGAGUGGGAGAUCAUGCUCCAGUACUGUUUUCCACGACUGGAUAUCAAUGUUAGCAAAGGAAUCAAUCAUUUACUGAAGAGCCCUUUUAGUGUUCAUCCUAAAACAGGUCGCAUUUCUGUGCCUAUUGAUUUACAGAAAGUGGAUCAGUUCGAUCCAUUUACUGUUCCAACCAUAAGUUCCAUUUGCCAUGAACUGGAUGUUAUUUCCACUAAAGAAGAAGAAAAAGAGAACAGAGCUGAAUCUGAUAUCAAACAUAGAACCAGAGAUUAUAAGAAGACCAGUCUAGCUCCUUUUAUAAAAGUUUUUGAGCACUUUCUUGAAAACCUGGAUAAAUCCCGAAAAGGAGAACUUCUCAAGAAGAGUGAUUUACAAAAAGACUUCUGAAGAUAACAACUCCCUUUAUACCAAAGUGGAUAUCUUCUGCCUUCAGCCAAGAAUCAAAUACUUCAAGAGCCAUUUAAUAAAUAAAGCAGAACUAUGUAUGUGUCUUAA